UAUUGGCAGUUAUGUCUGAUACAGAGGACAUGAUGGAGGAUGGAGUUCAGGAGGAAGUUGAUGACUCCAAGUCCAAACCAAAGUUUCUAUCAAAUAUCCAAGCACCAAAGAUUCCAGAAGGAGAGAAAGUCGAUUUUGAUGACAUAAGCCGUAAGCGUCAGGAGAAGGAUUUAACCGAGCUGCAGUCUCUCAUUGAGGCGCAUUUCCUUCAGAGACAGAAAGACGAGGAAGAGCUUAUUACUCUGGUCAACCGAAUCGAGAAGAGAAGAACAGAGAGAGCCGAACAGCAGCGAGUACGUGCGGAGAGAGAGAAAGAGCGUCAGGCUAGACUCGCUGAAGAGAGAGAAAGGAAGGAACAAGACGAACAGAGGAAGAAACAAGAUGAUGAUGCCAAGAAGAAGAAAGCUCUCACUAACAUGACCAAUCAGUAUGGUGGAAUGCAGCAAAAGAGUGAGGGUCGCAAAGGUGCCAAGAAACAGACGGAAAGAGAGAAAAAGAAGAAAAUACUGGCUGACCGAAGGAAGGGACUCAACAUUGACCAUCUGAGCGAGGACAAACUCAAGGAUAAAGCCAAUGAGCUGUGGCAGUGGUUGAUGGAACUGGAGGCAGAAAAGUACGAUCUGAACGAGAAAUUUAAACGGCAGAAAUAUGACAUAAAUCAGCUCCUUGCACGAGUUCAGGAUCACCAGAGUGCCAAGGGGCGUGGCAAAGGCAAAAUGGGAGGAAGGCUGAGAUAGAUGCUGACAGCAGGCAACAGAUCUGAGGAACCUGUAUCUUCUUGUUUUUUUUUUUGCUUGUUCAUUUGUUUGUUUUGUGUGUGUAUUUUAAAUUGUUCAGAAUGUACAAAAAUUCUCAGGCUGUACAUUUUUGCUUUGCCGUGCAUUGCUUAUGAAUGUCAAGAAUAAAUUCUCACUCACUGUACUAUGC